AAACCGCAUGUCGCACUACCGACUACUCAAGAAAAGUAAUUGUCCGAAAAGACCGAGAAUUGAAAAGUUUCCCUAGUAAACGUUCCCUCGAACAGUGCAUCCACAAUGUCGAGCUGGAAUAAAGCGGCCAAAUCCAACCAAAAGGUGCACCGCGAGCGGGCCCAACCCGCCAGCCGGAACCACCUUGGGAUUCUCGAGAAAAAGAAAGACUACAAGCUUCGCGCGAACGAUCAGCACAAAAAAGAUGCCACCCUGAAGCUGCUGCGCAAACGGGCGAUGAACAAAAACCCGGACGAGUUCUACCAUCAUAUGAUCAACUCGAAAACGAAGGAUGGCGAACACCACGAGCUAGAUCUGGACCACUCGUUCAGCAAGGACCAGAUCAAACUGAUGAAGACGCAGGACAUCAAGUACAUCGGGAUGAAGCGCACGAUGGAGGCGAACAAAAUUCAGCGCCUGCAGAGCCGGCUGCACAUGACCGACGUGGUUAACGAGACACCCAACAAGCACAUUUUCUUUCUCGAAGAGGACCAGGAACCCGACGAGUUCGAUCUCGCCAAAAGGCUUGAUACACACCCGGAUCUGAUUGGGCGGCGCACGAAUCGACCACACUUGGAGGACCUUCAGAAGCUGAAAAUGGACGUUGUUAGUCCGGAAGAGAUCACGCGCAUCAAUCAUGAGCGUGAGCGCUCGUAUGCUGAGCUGAAGAAACGGAUCGCACGCGAAAAGGAGCUCACGAUCGCGCAGAAAACGCUCGAGAUAAAGCGCGUCCUAAAGGAAAAGCGUGCUCUCAAGCCAAAACGCGUCAAAAAGGGAACGGCUAACCGGGCGCCCGUCUUCAAGUUCAAAUUCGAGCGCAAACGAUGAGGUAAUACGUUUUAUAAUCCAAAUAUAAGUGUAUUUCUAUAGAGCAAGUAUAAAAAAAAUACAAUAUCAUAAUGAACAUAAUACAAAUAGAAUUCAAUCAUAAAAAUCCGUUU